GACUAAUUAUCUACAAUAGAAUCUCCGGAGUAUCUAUGGAGGAUAUAUUCAUAUCGCCAACACAGUAUUGGCUUAUCCCUUCGCUCCACCAUCGAUUUUGUUCGCCUAUUAUUUAUCCCUUUCCCACUCAACCGCAGCCAAGUCAGCUUGUUUUCCAUCGCCCGCAGCAUGAGUGACACCACGAAGCUUCUAAGAAUGCUAGUAUCAAAUUCAACAACACCUAGCGAGUCCGGUCGCUGUAUAGUGGUCGAUCUGAAUUUAUUGGAAUCUGAGGGGGACCCGCUUUUCCUCCCAGUGCGGACUCGACUCCGUCCUCCCUCACAAGUCCUGUCCUUUGCCUGCCUUACGUUGGUAUGCAGCGCCCUGUUCGCGCGUUGGAAUUUCGGUCGCCUAGAUGCCUUUGAGUUGCUUUUGCCUCUGGACACGUAUGUGUGUAGAAAACGGCAGACGACUGAGGCGAAAAACAAAAAAGAAAGGUAAAUGUUCUAACGGUCCAUUCUGUGGCACUGCUAUGAUCCCCGUUUUCAGUUUGAACUCAUUCUUGUUCUUGUUCUUUGACUUCCAAGAUGAAUGCGCUGGACCUCAUGCCUGAAAACUCAAUUCUCGUCUU